GCCAUAGUUUAUGAACUUCUGAGCCAUAAAACUGCUUUAUCGUCCCCAGGUGCGAGACUUUGGCCACCAGGCUUUGGAUCAAACGCUCCGUUGGAAAUGGUGCUCGGGGAUUCCAAGAAAGAAAAGUUUUGGGGGGAUUUCAACAGACAAAAGUUUUUAAGUUUUUGCUGCAGCUGAGUGUUGUCUGAACGCCAGUUGGUCCGCAUCCAAAAGAUUUUUGCAGGAAAAAGCUGUCUGAAGCCCCAGGAGAUGGCUUCAUGGAAGUUCGUUUCCCUUUUUCUGAAUCUUUUUGCAAUUUGUGGGUGCCUAUGGUGAUAGUUGUUUGCCUUGAUUGGAGUUUGAAAGAAGUUUUUUUUUUGGUUUUUGAUACCACUGGUUUGAAUUCUCAAAAGCUUCCAAGUUUUGGUUUUGACUGAUUCUGAUUUCGUUUCUUAAUGUUAGCUAGCAGACUAGUCACUAAAAUGAUACUGGAUUUCACUUGGGUUUGUAGUUGCAAUGGACAAGGAGCAAUUUUGUUGCAAAAUGGCUCAAAUGUAGAAUUAUAAUUUUUUUGCUUUGAAAGAAAGAAAACAGAAAACUCUGACUUUUAUCAGUCUGUGUUCAUCAAGGUCUGACUAGAAUGCGAUCUUAUAGAUAAUUCUGAGAAGUGGGUCUAAAAAUUUUCACAUCGAAGUUUUAAGCCUCUUCUUUAUGGUCCCUCCCCUGAGCUCGUCCACCUGAGUGUGUCGUCUUCUUCAAUCCAUCAUGCCACUCUCUGAGGUCCAUCAGACAAGAAAGGUCGAUGCUAACCAAUCCAAGAUGACCAAUUGCUCAUCCGAUCUGUCUUCUUUCAUACCCGACGGUGAAUUCGUCGAACUGCUGUGGGAGAACGGUCAGAUCGUGAUGCAUGGCCAGUCCAACAGGCCUAGGAAGAGUUCCUUCCCCACUGCCACCGCCGCCACCUCCUCUCACACCGGUAGAGCUCAGGAGAAGGAGAGCAGAGAUGUGGUUACCUCAAAGAUUGGACAGAUCGAAGCUGUGGAUCCAUUGGUAAAUGAUUUCCCUCCCACCGCGGCUUCAGGCGAUGCAGGUGUGAAUGCUCAAGAUGACGAUGAUAUGGUCCCCUGGAUUAAUUACUCGAUCGAGGAUUCUCUUCAAAAUGAUUAUUGCUCGGAGCACAUGCUGGAAUUCCCAGGGAUGAGCCUGAAUUCUAUGUCUUCUCAUACCAACACCGCGAUCGCUGAUAGAAGCAAUGGUUUCACUCAGACUGCAAAGAGUUCGCGGCGCAACGUGGAACAGGGACGCACUUCUGAAGAACUCGCGGGAGCCUCAGAUUUUAGUAGGAUUAAGAGCAGCCAGUUGUUUCAGGCGUCGCAGGAAUGGCAGAGUUUGGCCCAAAGUAUUAAGCCGAGGGCGACAGAGUUGAGUACCAGAGGAACCAGUAGUACCCACCAUGGCCUGGCUGGGUGUUUGCUGAGCUCAAGGCCGCAAAAGCAAGAUCGGGCUGGUUCUAGGUCGUCACAGUCAAGCAGCAGCAUUGAUUUGAUGAACUUCUCUCAUUUCUCGAGACCUGCUGCACUAGCCAAAGCCAACCUCCAGGGUCUUGAUAGGUUGAGAAACAACGAGAAAGCCUCUACCACCACCAGUAGCAACCCAAUGGAACCUACUGUUAUUGAUUCUAUUAGUGGUUUAAAGAGUAUCUUAGCAACUCCAGGGCUGGCUUCAGCUGCACCUGAAGUAGAGCAGAGAUCAUCUACAAGGCGUGAUGGCAAUGUGAAUAACAAUAAUAGCAUAUUGCCUGGCUGCAUUAAUCGUCGGAGCUCAGAUGUCGCAGUGGCAGCCAUGCCAUCAGGAAGGAAUGAGACAGAAAAGGGUCCUGAAGCAGUUGCUGCAUCUUCUUCUGUGUGCUCAGGCAACGGUGCUGGGGCAGCAUCUAAUGGUCCCAAACACACACCGAAAAGGAAAACGUAUGAAGGAGAAGAAUCCGGCAAUCAGAGAGAAGAUCAUGAGGAUGAGUCUAUGGGCCUGAGGAAGUCUGCCACCGUGCGAGGCACAAGCACAAAGCGAAGCCGUGCUGCAGAAGUGCAUAAUUUGUCAGAAAGAAGGCGAAGGGAUCGGAUUAACGAGAAAAUGCGUGCACUUCAAGAGCUCAUACCCAACUGCAACAAGGUGGACAAAGCUUCAAUGCUUGACGAGGCCAUUGAUUAUCUGAAAUCUCUCCAGCUUCAAGUUCAGUUCUUGACACAGAUCAUGUCAAUGGGAAGUGGGUCAUGCAUGCUUCCCUUGGUUCCACCGGCUGGUAUUCAACACAUGCACGUGCCUCCCAUGGCACAUUUAUCACAAAUGGGUGCAGGAAUGGGAAUGGGCAUGAGAUUGGGUUAUAGUAUGGGAAUGCUGGACAUGAAUGGUUCUGCAAGCUGCCCUCUACUUCCAGUUCCUCCCAUGCAUGGACGACAGUUUCCUUUCCCCUCAAUUCCGGGAACCCGGGGUUUGCAUGGGAUGCCCAGCUCUACCAGUCUUCCAAUGUUUGGAAUUCCAGGGCAGGGGCUUCCAGCAUCCAUGCCUCACAUUCCACCAACUUGUUCUCUGUCAGGCCUUCCUGCCAGACCAAACUCGACGCCUGGAUCAGCUGGGAUGACUAAUAAUCCGUCACCAGCAACAGAUACAGUUCCUUCAUCAACUUCCAAGGAUCAACAUCAGCAAAGCCAAGACCUGGAAAAAAUACAGAAACCAAGCACCGACGACUCGCAGAUGAAGACUUCUACUCAGGGAAUGGAGUACAACCAAAAAAGGGGAUUGCAGUCACCAGAACAACUAGUGAGUAGGACAUACGACAUACUUGGACAAUGAUUCAUGCUGAAAUUGGGUUGUACUCUGAGAGGACUAGUACUUAUUGGGUUGCGUUCAUUCCAGACACCGGCUCUGAUUGAGAUAGGUCUUGCACAAUUUGCCAGAAGCCAUCCACUUUGAGUGUUGGAGAUCACUGGCAAAACUUUUGCCCUCUGUAUAUCGAGAGUAGCGGGAUCCGUGCAGUUUGUGUAAAUUGCAGAGAAGAUGAGGUUUCAAAACAGAGUGUAGAAGAGAGGUGUGUCGUGCACCUCUGUAAGCGUUUCUAUUCGUUAAUGAAACAGUGGCUCCUUCUAGUUUGAUUCUUGUUCAAGUUGGAAGAUCUUUUACUUGGAUACAUUUGUUAUGUUUCGGGCCUCCAUUGAAUGGUAUCUCUUCGUGCUAUAGUUAAAA